AUGAAGUCCUUCGUCGCUGCCGCCGCAAUCCUCCUCUCUGGAUUCGCUCUCCUCUCUGAGGCCCACAUCUCUUUCCGCUACCCAUGCCCUCGCCGCGGUUCUUAUUCCGAGUGCCCCCAGGGUGACUGGAGCCUGAUCGAUUAUGAUAUCCGCUCCCCUGCCGGUAACCACGGUACGGUCAACAGCCCCAUCUGCAAAUGGCCAUCUUCUUUCCCUGGCGUCCGCCCUGUCUUCAAGGCUGGUCAGACCAUCAACGCCACCAUGGACAUUGGCGCUUACCACAAGGGUGGAAGCUGCCAAUGGGCUCUUUCCUACGAUAACGGCACCAACUGGGUUGUCUUCCAGGACAAGCUGUUGACCUGCAUGGGCGAUGCCAGCAACGGUAUCACCUACAGCCUGCCCUUCACCAUCCCCGCAAACGCACCCUCGGGUUCGGCCAUCGUGAACCUGUUCUGGAACAACAACGAGGGCAACCGCGAGCUCUACUCCUCCUGUGCUGAUGUCGUCAUCCAGGGUACCAAUGGCGGCUCGAUCUCGGGUGUUGAGCCCUUGAUUGCUAACUAUGGACCCAACACCCCUUUCAUUCAGGAGCUGGUCCUCGCCGGCGGCAACUAUGGUCAGUCCUACUUUGCUGCUCGCAAGCCUAUCACCGUCACCGUCCCCAAGCAAUCGCCCGCUAAGCGCCGCCUCAGGAGCCGCAUGGACUCCAACUAAGCGACU